AUGGCAGAUGUAACCACUACUCCUGCACUGAUCACACUGUGGGUGGAAUCUGUUGUACAAUUCUCCUCUCAGUACGGCUACCUUGACUGGAGUGCUGAGAAUAUAGUAGGACCUCCGGAUGUAUUCCCUGACUACGGCGACGACCCCAACGCAUGGGCAUCAGCUGAGUGGACCGGUAUUGAGUGGAUAGAGGUUCAGAUCUCCCAGUCGCUGUACAUCACCAAGGUGGACAUAUACGAGACCUACCACGCAGGAGGAGUGAAGAGAGUAUCUGCCUGGAACCCGUCCACGUCCAGCUGGGAUGUGUUGUGGCAGGUGUCUGCCGUCUCUGUCCUCGCCGCCAGCAGGAUCUUCUCCCCUCCAAUACAGACACCAACUUACAAGACUGAUCAACUGCGGAUCGAGGUCGACUGCGGCCCUGCACAGCACUGGGUUGAACUGGAUGCAGUGAAGGUCACCGGAUAUGCGUAG